AUGCUCGCCGACGCGGCCGAAGAGUUCGAUGAUGGGAAUCCAUGGUUUGACGACAUCAAGAAUUAUCUAGAAGAUAAGAUGGAUCAUUCCCCUAGUUUGCUACGGCAGAUGAUAAGAAGGCAAUCAAGCGGAUGGCGACGAGGUACACCUAAAGAGGAGGAAUUUGAUAUCGAUAUUCAUACAACGAUCCAUGCUCCAGCAUCCUCACUUCAUCCUCUGACGUCACCCUGGCCAUUCUCUAUGUGGGCCUUAGAUUUGAUUGGGCCCCUCGAAAGCACAGUUGAGAAUACCAACCGGCAUGCCUUCGUCCUCACUGCUACUGAAUACUUCAGAAAAUGGGCGGAAGCCGAAUCCUUCGUACAUGUCAAAGCUUCUACCCUCGUGCGGUUCAUUAAAAAGAACAUCAUCACUCGCUUUGGUGUACCCAAGAUGCUGGGCAAUGGUCAAGCAGAGGCUACAAACAAGACGCUGAUGAAAAUAGUGAAGAAGACGUUCGAAACUCAUAAAGCGUCUGAUUUUCCCGAAAAACUUCUCGAUGCUCCGAGGGCUUCUCGAACUUCCAUCCGCACUCCAACCGGUCAAACCCCGUACGCACUCACAUACGGAAUGGAACAUAUGAGAUCUUGA